CGUCAAGGAAACAUGUAAACUUACCGAGAUUUUUUUGUUAUUGACAUUUCAAAAAUGUGUUUUGAAAAGAUUUUGGAGUAGUCAUAAUAUAUAUUUAUCAUUUUUAUGUCGGUUAUGUUGAAAUAAUAUGUAUACUAUAUGGUUUUUUAACUGUACAUCUGAAAUAACGUGCACCAUAAAACAGAACCAAAACAAACAUGGCGGCCAGUGCCAAAAUGUCAUUUAAUUAUUAUCAGAAUGGGAAGUAUGGUACAUUGCCACAGAACCCAAGCAACGACAUGGAAGUCACGCAAGAUAUGCAUCUUAAGAUGUCAAAGAAGAUAGCACAGCUGACAAAGGUAAUCUAUGCACUAAAUACUAAAAAUGAUGAGCACGAAGCAGUGGUCCAACAGAUCAAAGAGCAGCAUGAGGAGGAGAUGCAGCAGCUGCUCAGAGAAACGAAGGAAAAGAUCACCCAAUAUAAGGAAAAGAUAAAUGCGGAGAUGUCACAGAACAACAGGCUAGAGCAGCUAGAGACCAGUUUACGUGAGCAUGAAUCUCUAAAGAGCAGGCAUUUAAACCAGUUUGAUUCAUUUAAAAGAGAGGCUGAAGAAAGAGAAAUGAGACUUAAAGCAGAACAUGCUCAAAAAAUGCUCGAACUUUCUCAAGAUGUCCUUCAUACGAAAAAAGAUUUUGAGGAAAAAUUAAGACAGUUUGAAGCUUGGAAAGAUGGUGUAAGUGAAGAAAAUGAAAGGAAAAUAAGAGAACUUAAAAUUAGUCAUGAAAGUGAGAUUGAAGAAGUCCGAAAUCUUAGUAGAGAUCAAAGCAACGACUGGUUAAAUGAAGUUAAAAAAGUAGAAGACAAAUAUAAAGCAGAGUUAGAAUCAUUGCAUGCAAAGUUUAAAGAAAUGGAAGAGCAAAAAACUCAAAUGAAAGAGGAGUAUGAAGCCAAGCUAGAAAAGGCUAGGUUAUUCUAUGAAAAGGAAUUAGAAGCAGUUAUGAAAAUGAAUAAUAUUUCCUCAGAGGAGGCAAACAGAAUGUUACAGGCAGAGAAAGAAAAACUUAGCAAAGACUUUGCAGCCCAGGAGGCUGAACUUAAAAAACAAAUUAACAGUGUACUUAGUCAGUUAACAGAUAAAGAAGAUGAAGUAGAAAAAUUGAAAGAAACACUUACAGGAUUAGAAAGAAAUCUACAAGAAAAGGAUGGUAGUUCACAUGAUUUGUUGAAACAGUUACAAAGUGCCCAGGAUGAAAACAAUGCCAAUCUUGCUAAACUGAGAAAUACCGAGAAUGAGCUCUCUGUGAUGAAAGAACGCUGUAGUAGACAAGAAGAAGAAAUGGUGAAGAAAUCUGCAACCAUAGGGAAUCUUGAAGCAACAAAACUUCAGAAUGAAUCCACAAUACAAGAUUUAGAAGGGGAGAUUAACAAACUGAAAGACAAACUAGCAUGGUUAGAGAAAGAACGAACAAAUCUUGAGCGGCAAAAGUCAAGUCUGACUCAGAACCAGAUGUCGCAGUUGAAGUCAUUAGAAAAGUCACUAGAGGAUCUGUCAAUAGAAAAACAGACUAUGAAGGAAAGAUAUGAGCGUGAGCUAGAGUCAUUACGCAACAAUUCUAGUAAAUCAGAGAAGGAACUUCAUUCUCAACAUUCACAAGAACUGGAGAAAUUACGAGAAAAAUUACUUUCUGAACUUGCUUCACAGAAGAUGCAAGCUGAAGAAUUGUUAGAGCAAACUAAACAGGAAUUGAAUCAACAGCGUGAAACAGAGGUCACUGACAUGACACAGAAACGUGACAAUGUUCAGACAGAGUUGGACAAUGUAAGGUCAGAAUUAGCAAGUCGCCUCAAAGCAGCAGAAGACGAGGUAGCAAGGGUAAACGGUAUUCUGCAGAACAAGGAGCAGGGUCUGGGUUCGGCCACGGGUAUGAUAAACAGUCUGAGAGAAGCAAAUAAUCAACUACAGCAACAGUUAGAGAAAUCUAGGUUGGAACACAAGGCCGAGAAAACUAGAGCUAGCACACUUCAGGCUGAAUUAGACAAAUUGCGGUUGCAGCAUGAGGCUGAUAUGAAACAGGCAAAGGUAGAAUUCCAACAGAAGAUGGAACAGACUACAGCAGAACUUGACGUCAAAUGGCAGGACUAUCUCAGACGUGAAUGUGGUAAGCUUCGUGAAGAGAUAACGGAGCAGAAAGACAGUGAGAUGAGAGCAGCAUUAGAACAGCUGUCAAAGAUGAAAGACGAAGAAAUCAUGGCAACACGCUCAGGAUGGGAAAAUAAAGUUCAGGACCUUAUGCAGCAGAUUGCAUCACUCAAAGAAAGUAUGGCAUCAAAUAAUUCCAAGGUGUUGGAAGAGCAAGAGAAGAUGAGACUAGAAGCAGAAGAGGAACGUAAACGCUUGGAGCAAGAUUUACUCAAAGCUGCUGAUGAAUAUAUGGCUAAAAUUGAGGCCAUGGAAGCAAUGCAUGAAGAUAACAUGAGGAAAUUGAAAGAAGAAAGCCAAAGGGAGCAAGAGGAAUUAAAGCAAAAGUUAAAAGACAAGCAUAUAGAAGACAUGCAGGCACAGAUGUCAGCACAUAAAGCAACUAUAGAGAGUCUUAAAGACCAAGCUAAUAGAGACAAACAGACAGAUUUAGAUGCUCUUAGAGCUAAACUGGAUAAAGAAAAAGAUGACCUGCGCAAUGACAUGUACCAGCGGCACAUGGAGGAACUGGAGAGAAAAGCAAAAGAGCAUGAGGCCCAUAUGCAGGCAGCAAGAAUGGAGCUAGAACGAGCAGUAGAAAUCUCCAGACAAAAAGAGAAGGAUCAUGCACUCCGUGUAGAAGAUCUUCAAGGGGAGAUCACUCAAAGAGAAAGGCAUAUCACAAAUUUGAAAGAAGACUCUACCAAGUUCCAGACAAGUAUCAAUCAUUUAAACAAAGAAAUAGACUUUAAGCGUCAAGAAAUUCAGAAAAUAAAGAUGGAAACUCAGAAUCAGAUGAGAUUGGUAGAGAAGAAGAUGUUGGAGAAGAUGGAGAGAAAGAUUGAGAACCUGCAGGCUGAUCACCUCAGGGAAUCUCAGGAGCUUGUUAGACAGUUUAACGAGGCACAGGAAAUUCUCAAAGAUAAAAUCUCUGAACUUCAAAUCGCGUUACAAGAGGCAGAGGAUCGUUAUGACAAUCGUGACUCCAGACCUGAAGAUCUAGAGCUGAUCCACCAGCUCAGAGAAAAUGUUCGGGAAAAGGAAGAGAAAGUGCUAGCUCUCAUAGAAGAAAAGAAGUUUUUUCAGAUGGAGCUUGUUAAUAGAGAAACAAACUUUAAUAAAGUAUUCAGUGCUAGUCCCAAUGUUGGAGUCCUGAAUCCUCUAGAUGCCAAGAAACGAAGGGAUUCUAAAGGGAAGGGGAACAACUCUGCACCAAACUUAACUGGGAGACUUGACCCUUUGCCAAACUCACCUAUCCAUCAUGGUCAGCUGAACCCUUCAAGACCGUUGCCAUCCUUCACCAAAAAGUUUGUGAAAUGAUGAAAAACUUACCUUUAGUCACUGAACUAUUUGAUGCUCAGGAAUUCAGAAUGCAGUACAACCUCUGUAGAACAAACACCUCUGGAAGGACUUGAGAUUAAUGUAUUGUUUGGAAGUUAUUAUGAAAUCAUUAAUAUUUGUAGUGGACAAAUUUUCGUGGAUUUUAUGGUUUUGUGAAUUCAUGAAACAAAAUUCCAAUGAACACAUACAUUUCCAUUCAUUUCAUCUUCAAAAGUUGAAAUCUACAAAUUCAUAGCCCUACAAACUAUCCAUUUUGGGGACAGAACCACAAAAUAUUAUGCCCUCGAAUUUUAAUGAUUUCACUGUAAUUUAAUGAAAUGGUGUGUUUGGCAAGAAGAGUUGAAAGAUCUGCCAUAUUAGGUAUUUUUACUCUUAUAUAACCAAAAGGGUAUGCUGUAUGUGUUACUGAGGAGUCAGUCUUCAGUACAUUCAGUAUUUACAAUUUCACAAGCUCUUAUGCCAUAUGUGUGUUUGUGAACUGUGUAUUCAAACAAGAAGACUGAUAGAGCGUUAUUGUCCAUAAGUGCUGUUAUUACAGAUAUUGAAUUAUAUGCAGACUUUUUAUGGAUUUAAUAUGCAUUAUGUUCUUCUUUAAAUGCUAUACUUAAAAUCAUUUAAAUAGUCAGAGAAGAUUGAACUGUAUGUCUGCAGUAUUUAUAAUAAACUUUAGUCUCAUAUAAAGUCAUGGUUAAUGCUAUUUACUGAAAUACCACCUAUGAUCAUGAUUUAAGUUUUAAUACUGUAGAAGAUGAAAUGGAUGAAAGUUUGGCCUUUUGUUUCCUACUAAAUUUAUAAAAUGGUCAUAUUCUCUGAAUUUCCAUGGGAAUAGGCCACCUGCAGACUGUACAACACAAUCAUUUAGAAAAACAAACUGUUUUGUUUUGCAUUAUAGAGCUUGCACACAUUUAUUUAGGGUUUGACAUAAGAUGUGGGAGUUAAGUGAAACUGUAUUUUUAAAAAAAUAAUGGGUUCUGGAUUUAGUAUGUCAAAAGAAGCUAGUAAAUUUACUCAUUGAAAUGUUCUCAAAUUAACUAAAUUUCUGUAAUAUGUCAUGUUAUCACUUUAUUUGUGUGACAAAUUAUACAUAUCUUACUUUUCAUGUUUUUGCUACACUGGUUUCCAGUAGGAAAAAACUUUUUACACACCCUUUAUAUCAUCAAAAAAGUUUGGAGGCAACAUUAAGUUUUGUUGCAUCAAGCACCCAGGCAUGCAUUUAUGUCAGUUUUAUAAUGGUGUAAUGUAAUCUCAUAUACAUAUUUAUCACUAGGCUUCGAGGUUUAACAUUCAGUUUGGAGACCAGUCUUGGUAUCUAAAGCUGUCAUUGGUCAGUUUAAAGAUCUUUCUUGGAAACAACUAAUCAAUUGCUGAAAAUUUUAGACUGGUCCGCAGACUUACUUUUAGAACCCCAAACACUGUUUAAUCACUCAAAUCAAGGACUCCAGUAAGAAAUGAGAAGAGUUGGAUAAAAUUUAAGUCUAAAAUACUUAUGACACAUCCUCAUUCAGAAACUAAGUGUUUUAUUUUACGUCUAAUGCAAGAUACCACAAUCACUUUUUUUUUUUUUAAAUGAAACAGAGAUUGCUGAAAGUUUAUUCAAAAGAACACCCAUUUCUCAUCAUUAAGGUAGCUCUGCACAUUUGAAAAAAAUACUGUUCUACAAUGUAGAAUUUUAUUCAGCCAUAUUUUUUCAAAGCAUCAGUGUAUCCCAGUUAAAAAGAUUGGGUCAUCUACUAGUGUUUUUUUUUUGUUAGACUGGUUUGAAAACAUUUGUUCUCUGGUCAAUUUUCACAGUGGGCUUCUAUGGGAAGUUUGCACUUCUGAUGACACUUCCAUGUAUAGGAAAAGUUCCAAAAUGUAUAUUUAAUAAGACUUCUCAUAGUUGUUGGUUUGACUAUUUUUGAUCAUAAUUAAUAGCCAAAUGAAAUAUGUAGGCCAGUGUGCUUUUUUUUUAAUGGAUCGCCAGAUAUGAAUUUAAACCCUUAUAUUGCUGCUUAUUAUGUUUUUACUUGAAAAUAUUUUACAUCUAAACCCAUCUAUUUUCAAAAUUAACUUUAAUAAAGAUAGUAGUACUAACUGCUGAACACUUUAUACAGAGUAUAUAAUAGAUUCUUUAGCAACAUUUAUACUACCCUGAAAAUGGCUGCCAGACAUUAUUUAAGGUUUUCUGGAUAAAUAAUGUUACGCCCAUCUCUUCUGGGAAAUCAGAUGUGCAGAACUCCCUUAAUUGUUUUACAACAUUUGAUUUGAUGUAUUUUUAUCUGUGUUUGAAAUAAUGGUCUAAAUAGAAGUUCUAUGUUUGGCUACAUUUCAUUUAUAAUGAAAGUUAUUCAAAUUUUGUUCUAGUAGACAAAAUAUAGAAAUUGUAGGACUGAUACAAAGUUUUCUGUUUUAGAGUUUAUAAAACAGCAAUGUGUUAAUGUUACAGCUGAUUUGUAUUUAUGUUUUUCCAAAAAAUGAAUAUUAUUUUCAUAAAUGAUGAAACCUAAGGUUGUUAAAAUUGUUUUUUUUUUUACCUUCAGAUAUUUUGGUUACAUUUUAUAAAAAGUAAUGAAAGACGGAUUAAAAGUUGACUUUUUAAUUUCUGUAGAUAGAUUUCAUGAAUAUUUUCCUGUUGCAGUGUCAUGCUUAUGUUAUCUUUGCAACUAGCCAAAAUUCUGUGACACAUAAACACAGCAUUUAGAAUUCAGUUUUCCGAAGACAGAUUUGAAAAACUUGAGUUAAGUGAGUACUUAAAUGUGUUUUGGUAUGUAUAUUUUUCUAUGAUUGUCUGAGUAAAUUUUUGUUUCUGCUGUGAGAGAGAGAUAUCAGUUAGAGCAUUUAAAUAUUAUUUACUUGUUUUUGGAUUUACUAAUUUAAUUAAUGUGAAAAUUUACCAUGAUUGUCUUUAUUUUAACAUUUUGUAUAUGAAAAUGUUUAGCAUUACUGUGAUAAAACUAAACGUUAUUAAUAUGUUAAAAUGCUUUAACAGAUGAAAGUUUAACUUUUUAAAAUGGGGAAUUUUAAUUCUUGAUAAUAAGGUAUGGUGCAAUCACUUUAUAGUCUUUCCACCUAAAGAGAAAAGUUUGGGCACAGUCCCCUUUGUUUGAAACUAAGUUUCGAGAUCAGUCUUGGAAUACAGCUUUGCCAUUGGUCAGUUUAUGAUAGUAUGAAAUAACAACCAUUCACAUGCCAGAAUUUUAGACUGGUCUCCAAACGUGGGCCUGACAACAAUAAACCAUAUUGGUAAAUUGUUAAACACACUGUUUGUUUUUUUUUGUCCCAUGUGGUUCUGGGACAACUUGUGUAUGAAAAGAUUUGAAACCACUAUCUUACACUUGCAUAAUCAUAAGAGGUGACAUAUGGUUUGAACACUUGGUUUUGGUGUAUCUGUGUGAUUCAAGUAGGUAUAAAAGUUCUGAUUCCAUACCUUAUAUUUUUAUUUAGGUGUAAGUGAGAUGUGAAACCAAAUAUUUUUAGACCUGUGCAGCACCAUGCAGCCUGACCUGUAUUGGUGUACCAUAAGACCCAGCUCAGUGACAAAUUGUAAUUGAAAGCAAUCACAUGAUCAGAUUUUAAAUACUUCACAUAAUGACACUAAAACAUUCUUUAAAAACUAGAAACUGUGAUGGAACAGUGUAUUUUAUCCACCGCAAGCUUAAAUGUACAUAGAUCUAUCUGGAGAGUAAGCUUGAUUCAGUACAGAAGCUUUUUCCUAAAUAGUGUAAUGAUUUUAAAAUGGACAGGGGUGGGGGGGGGGGGCGGGGGUGAGAGUGGGGUUAUACAAAUACUGCUGAGAUUUAGGAAUGUAAAGUAUUAUGAAACUGCUGAACAAACUUUAUGCCUGCAUUACUGUUGAAUUAUUGUUCUUAAUUUUAAGUUUGGUUUAUAUUACGUUAAGUAUUAUACAUUGUUUAUUGUACUCGCAUGAGUUGUGUAUGUACAAAGCUACAGCAGUACCAAAACUUUUCUAGAAAUAUAUUGAUUAAGAUGUCGUAGUUUUAACCCUUAUCAUGCUGGUCAAGAUUGAUUCUGCCUUUGCGACCAGUGUAGAUUAUAAUCAGCAUACACAUCCAUGCAGUCUGAUCAAGAUCUGCACUGUUCGCCAUUCAGUCAGUAUCUUUUUGGUAAGCACCCCUUUUAACAGGUAAUGGUAUGGUCCAAAUUACAGAAAAAGUGUUAAUACAUCAAGUAUGACUUUAAUUUAGCUUUAGGUAAUAUGAAAAGAUAAUGCAACUGAUCUUCUUAAGUGUUUAAAGGGGCAGAACUCCAGAUUUGUGCUAUUUUUUACUUCCAAAAAUUAAUAAAGUUCUGCUGUCUUAGUGACUAUAAUAUGUGUUCCAGUAAAACAAGGUGACAGAGCAGUUUUUUCAUCUUGUGUGGUUUUUAAGAUGUGUAUGCUAUCAAUUGUGCUAGCUAUCCAGUAACUAUUUGAUGUAAGAUAGGUGGAUGAUUUAUGAUUUUGAUAUUUUAUAGAAUUUCUGUAUUUUUAAAAGCGAUAUUGUGAUAUACAAUGGCAGAUUGGCCUCUAUAAGAUACUUAUUUGCAGAUAUAAUGGUCACCUACAUGCAUAUAUAAGGAUAGACCCCUUAAAUCAUUGAUCGUAAGCAACUAAUUAAGAUUUCAAACUACUAGUAAGCAUAGUUUCAUAAAAUGAAUAACUUUGCCUUGUUUAUAGUUGCUGAAUGUAUGUUGAAAUAUUACAUAAUAUGUAAGGUAUUAUGUUUUAAGUUUUGUUCUGUGAUAAUUAGCUGCUAGACACUGCUGAUUUUAUUAUUGAAAUAAAUAUUUAAAAUAUU